UCCAUGGAACAGAAUCCUUCAAACUCUCGGUCAGAAUAAAAUGAAGAGACCUAAAACAUUUCACGAGGCCUAAAAACAUCUGUAGCGCAAAACGGACACCGAUGCCAACCCUUACUUCGAGGAACUGGACUUUCAACAAAUAAAGCCAUGCUGCAGACGCUUCUGAUCUGUGCCAUAUUUGCUGCAAAUCUCCCUCCUCCAACCAGCCAGGGUUGCUUCAAAGCUAAUGAAAGUCAAUGUGACAAUGCGGACUUCGUUCCAGGAUCUGACCUAGCAGGAGAAGGCUUUGACAUCACCACCAUGCAACGGAAAGACGCCUUCGUCAUUGACUUGAGCGCCUGGCUCCAGAAGGACAAGACCUGCACUCUGUGUAAAAAUCCCUACAUGGGAGGCCAAAAGCAGAAGCUCCCAGUUUCUGUGGUGGACUGGAGACCAAGUCAGAAGUGCAAAAUCAAAGUGUCCAGCUCCGUCUAUGAGUCCAGUGAGUCCCUGGUCAGCUCCAGCACAUCCAUCAUCAAGAAUGACUGGAAGGUAGGCUUGGACAUAUCUACUAAAAAAGGUAAAGGUUCACUGAUGUUGGCAGGGACUAACUCCAAGCUGGCUGACUACUCAAUGGAGAAAACAAAAAAAGACAAAUUCAGCUUUACCGGUCAUACUUUCUCCUGUGGAUACUACAGAUAUAGGGUUUCAAGCCGUCCAAUCCUGAACCCAGAGGUGAAGAAUGAAUUCAGCAUGCUGCCUGCAACAUAUGAUGAUCAUACCAAGCCUCUCUUUUUCAAGCUGAUUGACAUGUUUGGUACUCAUUAUAUAACUAAGGUGUCUUUGGGUGGCGAGGUUAGCUCUGUGACCAGCAUCAAGAAGUGCCAUGCGUCUUUGCAAGGUCUGACAGUGGAUGAAGUAAAGACAUGUCUGGACGUAGAGGCAUCUGCCAGUGUGAAAUCUGUAAGCCUUCGGUCUGAGUACCAUCACUGCCAGCAAGCCAAGGACAAGACUUUAAACAAAAAGAGCUUCUCCAGCAGCUUCAGUGACAGGGAAACAAAUGUGAUUGGUGGUCAUACUCAGAAUGUUGAUCUCCUAUUCUCAUCAAAUACUGACCCGAAGGCCUACAAGGACUGGGUCUCAUCUCUUCCUGCUCACCCUGAUGUGAUCUCCUACUCACUCAAGCCUCUUCAUGAGUUACUGCCAGCUAACGAUCUGAAACAAAAGAAUUUGCGCAACGCCAUCAAAGACUACAUACUACAGAGAGGCCUGUGGAAAAAUUGCACUAGCCCAUGCAAAAUUGGAGUAAAGACUAAUGCCAAGGAGCCAUGCACCUGCAGCUGCCAUAACAACCCAGGUGUGUCCCUAAACUGCUGCCCAACUCAGAGAGGAUUUGCUCAGAUUACUGUAACUGCAGUUAAAGCCACUGGUUUAUGGGGAGAUUACUUUACACAGACAGAUGGAUAUGUCAAGCUUUUUCGCAAUGGAAAGGUCUUUCUCAGCCAGACACCUGUAAUCUGGAACAAAAACUUUCCAAACUGGAACUGGGAUUUUAAUUUUAACAGUGAGGAUCUGACUCAGUUCAAAAGUGUAAAGCUGGAAGUGUGGGACAGGGACAGUGGUUGGGAUGAUGACCUUCUUGGAGCAUGCACUGUUCAAUUGAAAUCUGGAGUGAACAACAACUUCUGUACCCUUAACCAUGGAACACUGUAUUAUAAAGUGCAGGUAAAGUGCAUCCCUGGUUUGGUUGGUCCAACGUGCUUGGAGUACAAACCCUCUCCCAUGGAUGCACAUUUGGAGAAAGUGUACGUCUCUCGACAUGCUCGGCUGAUUCCGAAAGGCAUGCUGCUAGAGAUGGGAGUGCUCCUUGAUGAACGCAUUCCUCGCUUUAACCAGAACUUCAUUAAAAAAGCUGCAGGUUUUGAAUUGUAGACCACUUGUGCAGUUUGUGACCCUAUCGCUUAUUCAUGCCAAAUCUUUUUAAUCAUUUUAAAGUAGAAUAGUUGCCCAUAAUAUUAACAUUUUAUAAGACAAUGCUUCCUGCUCAUCUGUGCUGCCAUCUGCCUUAUAAUAAACGUUUAAUGA